AUGGCUAGUGCCAACAUGAACAGCUUGCAAAAGGUGUUUGGAGACAACAUCCUUACAUGCAACAAGACUUGCGAAUUUCAUUUUAAGGAAAGCAGGAAUAUAGUGGCAAGGAAACUCAAUGAUGGCAAUGGAAAGGUUUUCGAUCAAACACUAUCUUUUAACUUAGAGACAACCUAUCUCAAUACUAAAAAAAGAUCUGAAAGAAUUUAUUGAAGCAAAGUCUGAGCUGCAAUUUCUAAAUUCCUAGAUUAAGUGAUGGCACAGUCAAAGAGAAUUUAUUUUCAGUGUGUUCACACCCAAGAAUGCACCCAAAAUGAGCAUGGCCAAGGUAAUGCAUACUGGAUGA